GAGGAAUUAUCAAUAAAGAAGAGGAAAUCAUGGCUGCGUCCUUGCGAUACAUUAGUGUUGUAGUUACAAAAGAUCCUUGUGCAUAAACGUUGACCUUUUGAAUGCUGAGCUAAUCCUACUAAUUGUAACCAUGGAAACUGAUCAGGAUCCUCCAGUUAUGAAAAGAAUCGACGACCCUGAAAAAUUCCUUAAACAGAUUAAGGAAUGCUUGCAGUACAGUGACGACCGAGGGCUGAAGACGCAUAUCUUGGAGAAGAAGUUUUCAAAUAAGGACCUCUACUGGGAACUAACCAGCGAACUGUCGAAGUAUAUUACCAAGGAGACGUAUGAACAAACACCGGGCUUUUUUGAUGCCUGUAAAAGAUGUCUUGCCUAUUUUGUGAGGACGGGGAAACCCAAGGAAAUGCUGCUGGCUCUUUUAGAGCAAGCAGACUGUUUCAAUGAUGACAUCAAGUACAAGACUCUCAUGGAGCUGAUUCAGAAGACGUUGCUACAGCUACCAAGGAAGAGGUUUCAUUCUCUUGAUAUCACCAUGGAAACAUUGUCCGCUCACGUUCAACAACUGCCAUUACCCGAGGACGGAUGUUUAGAAGGCAAAGAGAGGCUCGUUCUGGAUGCAGAUGAAAACAUUCAAAGAAUCUGCGACAUUGUAGAUGCCUUUCUCAAGUUCGUUAAACCAUUUGCAGAAGAGGUGUCUGUGAGUAGGAGGAUGGAGAGAGAUGACCAGUUAGACCCCCAGGUGUUCGUUCUUAAGAAACAUCUCAUGUCUACUUUAAAUCACCCUUUGGUGUUUCUGGACCUUAGUUACGAUGUGACCAUAUCCAAGGCAAAAUCUAGAAGUAGAUUUUUAGCCGAGACGGUGAUGGAACUGCUGGUUCACUUGGAAACUGAUUUUCAUAAGUUGAUGGACGUGUACCUCAGAGAAGGUGGCAUGAAUGUAGUGGAAGAGGAAGAAGAUGAUGAGAAUGUAGUCGAGGAGAAAGAGGAUGAUGUGAACAUGGCUGAGGGUGAAGACAGGGGAGACAUGAAGAGAUCUGAGGAUCAAAGUGCUGAUAAUGAUAUGGACUCCCAGAAUAAACACAACGAGGAGAUUGAACUGAAGAAGAAUAAGAGAGACAAAUCACCGAAUUCCAAGUCAAGUAGAUCUUCAAGACUUAAAAACAAGGACAAAGUCCAGAACUGGAAAUUUCAGAAGAACCUUUCCAAACUGUCCCUGUCAUGUCUAGCGUACCUUGUUCAUGUGGAGCAUCUUGGUGCUGAAAAACUGCCAUCGGUAUUCACUCACAUACACAUUCUGGAGGUUUGUCUUCCUCUCAUAUUGCCACUUGUGGACACCACCGAGUCCCUUCUUGUGUACAAGGGUCUUCAUCUCCUCCGUGCCCUUGUAGAAUUGAUCCCACGCGAGUCUGUGUGCAAUAGAAGCUUACAGGACAACGAAUCCUUCACUCCAGUUCUCCGUGCCCUCAUCAACAUCAUGGUCAUGUGUCCAGUGAAAGAACUACGUCAGUGUGCUGUCAAGAUCCUUCCCAAACUGAUCACCAUGUUCUCUCACGAAGGCCAGUACACGCUGUUCAAGAAGGUCUUUGGUCUGUGCUCUCACUCUGGUGUCCGUGGUUACACCGUCCAGCUCCUGAAGGAUCAGGUGGACAGAAACCUGCAGGAGAAGUCUCCGUCUGCCUGCUUCGUCGGCCCGCAGCUGGAGAACCUUCUGAAGAUGGCGAUGACUCUACCCGACGGGCCGACGACGGAUCUGAUGGAGAACUCUGACUGCAUCAUCUCUGUCCUCAACCUCCUCCGCUUCCUCGUCCUCAGGGAUCCUCCGCAUCAGGACCUCACUGGCAUCUGGAGCAAGUUUGACAAACUGGAGAAAGAAUACCUGGAACCAAUUCGCACAGGUCUGGAGAUGUCCCGGGCGCACUAUAACCUGGAGCUGAGUAAUGUGCAGCAAGGCAAAGACAAAAAAAAGCCUGAGAGUGAAAUGGACUUCAGUAUGUCUGUUGCCGGGCAACCAUUGUCGGCCAUGACUAAAGACGAGAGGGUCAAGGUUCUUGAGAAGGCACUGAACACAUUUGAUCUGAUGAGUAGUCUGUUGGCUAGACUGUAUGAGGUUAAGGAUCAAGUAACAUCAGCAUCAAAGUCAGAAAUGAUGCAGUAGUCCAGUCACGACUUAAACUGACUGUCCUAAUUUGUAUGCCAUUAUAAAAUGUUCCAUAACAAAGCCCAUUAAACAACUAGAAAACACAUUUAAACACGUUUUCUGGUUUAGAACUGUAUUAGUGUAAACCCCUGCAAUUAAGAAAAUGUCCACGGCAAAAACAUAUGCCAAAAAAAAAAAACCUGAAUAUAGUCCAAGGCAAAAAAGUGUUGUGGAUAAUUAAAACAUUGCCGGUUGCUGUGGGAAAUUGCAGGGGUUGUUAGUGGGACACAUUACAAUGGCAGCAGACUCGGGACAGUCUCUUUAACACAUGUUUGUAUAUCGCACUCUCUUCAAACGGUAACCUCACCAUUAUUGUAUUUAAUGGUUCCUUUUUUGCUUUGGUGUAAUGAUUUGCUUGACAUAUAAAAUGCCUCUUAAGGAUGUUUGUUUCAAUAUUUGAAAAAAAGUGAAUAUAAACAUUCAUACAUGAACAUGAACCUGUAUUGUACAUUUUUAAUUGUUUCAUUUGUCAGUUCAUAAAGCCAGGAUCACAUGGCACACUUUAGCUACUAAAGGCAGGAUCACACAGAUUAAGUGAUUUAAACUUUACACUAUGCAGGAUGUUUUUUAAAACAUUUUAAAUGACUACUAUUAGCUAAAAAAAGAACCAAUGUUUUUUGUGGGGUUUUUUUGCUUUUGUUUCUGAGUUAUACAUCUAUGUUGCCACAAUUCAGUUAUGCUAAAAAAAUAUAUGAAUAACAAGUAGGAUAUAUAACUCUUCUUCUGCGAUCCUGGCCAUGUUAGAUGGGUAGUCUGGUAUUGUGAACGAAGUCCACAGUCAGCCUUAGCGACGUCGCCGGUCCCCACAGCUUCUCCCUUAGAUCCACUGCACUGGGCCACGUUUGCUGUCGCAGAGUGUCGAAAGUGGGACAGGAUUGGAGAGUGUGGGCUAGUGUCUGUGGACCAAUGCCACAUGGGCACUCGUCCGUGUGAGAGAUUUUCAGCCUGAAGAGAUGGGAUAUAUAACAACCAGGCAUGUGACUUUUCAGAUAUCUCCGCUUUCUUUUUUUGUGUGAAAUGAUUUUCACAAAGUACAGUGUAUAUUGAAUAAUGCAGUACACAGAGACUGUAGGUAGCACUUCCUAUAUAAUUUCCUUACCUCACCUUCAUCCCUGGUUGGUUUACAGUUAGUACAGAUGAUUCCUAUGGUGCAGUCUCAAAUAAAGUCUUAAAUACAUUGUAACAGCUGAUCCGAGCUAUAUUAUGGUAGCCCCACUCCCAUGGCUAGUGAUAUUCAAUGUUUGGCUAGUAAAUGACUACUGUUGCCAUGCCUGAUGGAAAGUAAAUUGUUUUUGGUCAAAUGUUGCAGAUAAGUCUGUUUUG